UCCAUCCCAGACAUCACAAGCAACAUGUUCUCGAAAUUCGUCCUGUGUGUCAUGGUGGCAGUAGUGGCCGCGGCGCCACAGGGAUACGGUCCACCUCCACGUCCCUCCUACAGCGCCCCCUCAGGUGCUGUAGUUCCCAUCCUGAAGGAUGAUCGUCAGGGACCUGACCAGGCCGGCAACUAUAACUUCAACUUCGAGACUGGUGAUGGCAUCAGUCGUCAGGAACAGGGCGCCCCCCAGGGCCCAGCUGGUGCCGUGGCCGCCCAGGGAGGAUGGUCGUUCACCUUCCCCGACGGCAGUCAAGGAGUCUUCAAGUUCGUGGCUGACGGUGAAGGUUACCGCGCUGAGUCUCCACUGAUCCAUCCUCUCCCUCCCCACGCCAUUGCUCAGAUUGAGAAGGCUCGUCUGGAGGACGCUGCAGGUCCCAAACCCACCUACGGCGCUCCUUCCAGACCAGGAUACAACUAAUCUACAACAGAUAUCUUCCACAUUCUUCUUCCACACCCACUGACUGGUGAACACAGUGACAAGGAAAAAAUAUUACUGUAUCUGUUGUCUAAACCUGCUGCCGAUGGUUUGAGUAAAAGUCGCAACAUUCGUUGGUGGUGCUUCUAUGGUAUUAGUCAAGAAACAAUUGUUUCCUUAUACGGGUCUCAGUCAAAUGAUGACCAACCAACUGGACAUUUUGGUCAAGUGACCAAGGCCGUCUGCUAGCUUACCGGUCCAUCCCAUAAGAAAUUAAAGAUCCCAUCAUCUUAUGUGGAUGUUAUCCAGUAGUAACCAACAGUUUUAUGUUGGAAACAGCAACAUGUAUAUAGCUUUAUAAGCCGCUUACAAUGCAGCCUAACAGUUAUCAAUUCUAUUUUGGUUCAGUUUUAGUUGCAGCCACGCUCCUUUACAGUUCCUGCUUGCCCUUGCUACACAAGAGAGGAGUUAAGUAUCAAACUACACUGUAUAUGCCUAAUU